CAAAAUAAAGUAAUUUUUCAUCGCUAAUCUUUAUCUCUGUAGCGAUAGUAAUUAUUAAUGAAAAAUUUUGCAAUUGCUCCACUUCAUUAAGUAAAGGGAGUUCCAACAAUUAACAAGGAAUUACCAAAUAUAUCUUUAGAAUAAACAUUCCAGUAACUGUAAACAUAAACAGAAAGAAAUGGCAAAAACCCGUGUAUAUGUUGUUGGUGUAGGAAUGACCAAGUUUGAAAAACCUGGUCGCCGUGCUGAUGUCUGCUAUCCCGAUAUGGCCAAGGAGGCCAUCACCAAAGCUUUGGCUGAUGCUAAAAUCUCAUACAAUGAAGUUCAACAAGCUACAGCUGGUUAUGUUUAUGGUGAUUCCACCUGUGGUCAGCGUGCCCUUUAUGAAGUUGGCAUGACCGGCAUUCCAGUGUACAACGUCAAUAAUAAUUGUUCAACUGGUUCCAGUGCUUUGUAUUUGGGUAAACAAAUCAUUGAAUCUGGUAAUGCUGAUUGUGUUUUGGCUUUGGGUUUUGAAAAAAUGGAACGUGGUUCUUUGGCUGCCAAGUAUUUUGAUCGUGCCAAUCCCAUGGAACGUCACAUCACCGAAAUGGCAGAAUUAACCGAAAUCGGCACCGGUCCCAUGGCUGCUCAAAUUUUCGGUAAUGCCGGCAAAGAACACAUGAAGAAGUAUGGCAGCAAACCCGAACACUUUGGUAAAAUUGCCUGGAAAAACCAUAAACAUUCUGUAAAUAAUCCCUACUCCCAGUUCCGCGAUGAAUACACUUUGGAACAAAUUAUGAAAUCUCCCACUGUUGUGGAGGGAGUUCUAACAAAGUUGCAGUGUUGUCCCACCUCUGAUGGUUCGGGUGCUGCCAUUUUAGCAUCUGAAGCUUUUGUGCGCAGACACGGUUUAGAGGCACAAGCUGUUGAAAUUGUUGGCAUGGAAAUGGCUUCUGAUCCAGAAUCGACCUUUAAGGAUAAGUCACUAAUGAAGAUAGCUGGUUAUGAUAUGACUAAAUUGGCUGCCUCCCGUCUUUUUGCCAAGUCUGGUUAUAAGCCAACCGAUGUACAAGUUGUUGAAUUGCACGAUUGUUUCUCGGCCAACGAGUUGAUCACUUACGAAGGUUUGGGUCUGUGCCCUGAAGGUGGUGCCGCUGAGCUCAUUGAUCGUGGUGACAAUACCUACGGUGGUAAAUAUGUAAUCAAUCCCAGUGGUGGUCUUAUCUCCAAGGGUCAUCCUUUGGGUGCUACUGGCUUGGCUCAGUGCGCUGAAUUGUGCUGGCAAUUGCGUGGUUUGGCUGAAAAACGUCAGGUUAAGGAUGUCAAAUUGGCUUUGCAACACAACUUGGGUUUGGGUGGUGCUGUCGUUGUCACCUUGUAUCGCUUAGGAUUCCCUGCUGCCGCUGGUGUUAAAUACAAUUUGACUUCUGCCUCCAGUGUGGAUGGUUUCAAAGUUGCCCCCCUAAUGAAACUUCUCGAAGAAGCUAUGCAAGACGAUAAAGACAAUUUGAUUGAGAAAGUCCGUGCUGUAUACGGUUUCAAAGUGACAAAUGGUCCCAAUGGCCAAAUUGCUUUCUGGACCAUUAAUGCCAAAGAAGGCAAAGGGAAAAUCACCUUGAACGGUAAGGAAAAAUGUGAUGUUACCUUUAUUAUCAAUGAUGAGGAUGUUACGGAUCUGAUGACUGGCAAACUCCCUCCCCAAAAAGCAUUCUUCCAAGGUAAAAUUAAGAUUCAAGGUAACAUGGGUGCUGCUAUGAAAUUGAUGGAUCUUCAACGUUCCACAGCUGGUCGUAUUGAAGCUUUGCGCGCCAAAUUGUAAAUUUUUUAAUUUUUAAUGAAAUUAUUUUUUAUUUUACAUAUUUUUUGUUUAUAGUAUUUAAAUGUUUAUAAUUUUUUUUAUUUACGGAUGAGGAUGUAAAAUUAGUGUUUUUUAUAUACGAUAAAUUGUUAAAAUUAUUUUACUCUAUUUUAUGGUAAUAAAAAUUUAUAUAAUUCCAACAAUUA